AAUGAGUCUUAUGUUCAUAAAGUUAAAGCCGAAUCUCCGAAAUCAAGAGACAAUCUAAAAUCGGACACAAAUCUUAUAUCCGUUGAUAAAACCUCCGUUUUAAACAAUGACAUACAAAGGAAUGCCAGUCACGUUAAAAGAAGAAUGUCAUAUGUUAUUGAGACUAAACCGGUUAAAGAUAAAUUUGAAAAAGUCGCAAGUGAUGAUCAUCUUGGGUCAAGAACUUACUCACUCGGACUCAAAAAACCGGCUCCCCUAGCAACCUCCAGUCCACAGCAGCGAACCUACCGACGAGGUUCAGCUGAGGUGAUGCGAGCCCUGUCUCCCGACAGCACCGAGUGCGAAAUAUCUUCUCUCACAGACCUGCCUGAUGAAACCGAUGAUAAAAGUCCUCUCGACUACAUGUCUCCUGGUGAACAGCGCGGCAGCACGAGUCAAUGGCUAUCAUCUGACACGUCACUGAGCGAGGGGGAGCUUUUUCCAGUUUCGAAGUCGUCGUUCGACGAAGUUCAUAUGAAGAAGAAAAUUGAUGUUAUUGGCGGCGAAUCUUCCAUGCAGGAGGGCCUGCGCGAGGCCCUGCGCGCGGCGGGCGCGGAGGUGUGGCGCUGCAGACGCAUGCUGCGGUCACACCCGCGCGCGGUGCCCGCGCCUGCGUCCCGGUACCCUUAUAACUACACCCUGCCUUUAAUUUGAAAACAUGUCACAAGUUAGAGCACUAUUAUUUAAUGAGACAUUUAUUUGAUGUUGAUUUAGGUUUUUAUUUAUAGGUAUAGAAAGGUACACCGCCGUUUUACAUUCCAUAUAUUUCUCGUAACUUUAGAUUGACGUAAGCGUUACUGUCUAUUUUAUAUAUUAUUUUUUUAAUUGUUAUAAUGAGGUCCCUACACUUGUUUGAAUCUCCCAAAUUGAAUGUGUAAUUAAAGACAAAUUCAACUAAGAAUACAAUGCUCAGUGCAAUAAUGUUGUUUUAUAAAAGAUAUAUGAAUCAAC